UUGGACGGACAACGUGUUAACUGUAGCCGGCUGUAUGAAAUCGGCAUUGUUUUGUUUUCGUUUGUAUUGUCAGUUUGUUGUGAUUUCAUAUUUCGUCUUCAAUCUUCAACCAUGACACAGAAUUAUACUGAAAUAUUUUCUGUAUUCCAAAAAUACAUGGAAGAAGAGGAAAGUGCUAGAGAAAAGAUAAGAGAAAUUGUUAAAGAAAUUGAGCAAAACAGUAGAGAAAUAAUUACUCUUCUUCAAGGUAUUCAUAAGCCUCAAGGAUUGUCACAAAUUUCAACUCUAUGUCAGAAGGGAAGAGAACAGUUUUGCAACAUCAAAGUACUAUUUGGGAAGCUGAAAGAAAUAAUUCCUGUCGAUCAGUUUCACAGGUAUCAUGAUCAUUGGAGGUUUGUAACCCAAAGACUCAUAUUUUCAGCCUCUUUUAUUGUCUACUUAGAAAGUGGAAAACUUUUGGAAAGAGAAGAAGGUGCUGAAUUUUUAGGAGUUAGUGCAAAUCCAAAUGAUGCUUUUCACAUUGAGUUAGAUGACUUCCUUUUGGGAUUGCUUCUUUUAGCAGAUGAAUUGACUAGGCUGUCAUUGAAUUCAGCCACAUAUGGAGAUUACAACCGCCCAGUGCAAAUAUCUGAGUUUGUGUCAGAAAUGAAUGUUGGUUUCAGAUUAUUAAAUUUGAAAAAUGACUCGCUGAGGAAGAAAUUUGAUGGUUUAAAAUACAACCUGAAGAAAGUGGAGGAGGUAGUGUAUGACUUGUCGAUUCGGGGGCUAUUGCCAUCGCAGAAAUUGGAUAAAGAAACAGAUGGAAGUUCAUGAUACAUGUUAUCGCCAGAUCUGAAAUUGUUUAAAAGCACUUCAUAGAUGUACAAUUUUUUUAACUAGAAAAUUGUUUUGUAUGUAUGUUUUGUUUAAUAAACUUUU